AGAUUAUGCAGCACCUAACAAUAAAUCUAAAAAGGAUAGAGAAAAUAGAUUAAAAAGAAGAAGACAAGCUAAAUAUAUGCAUUACCAAAAAGAAGGUUUUGCAGGGCCUUUAACAAAAACAAGGUUUAAAACUUCUGAUGUAUCUAAAACUUCUAAAGUAUUAUCAGAAACAAGAUCACAAACAAAAGCUGGUCAGAAAAAAAAACAACAAAAACAUAGAGCUUCUAUAAGUGAAGAAAAAAAAAUAAAAAAUUUGGAAAAAAGAAAAAAAGCAUAUAAGAAGAAAAAAAAAGAACAAUUUGAACAAUUUUAUAAAAUAAGACUUUGUAAUUUAGAUAAAUAUAAGAAGAUAAAGAAUGAAGAAAAUAAUGAUGAAGAUGAUAAUGAUGAUAAUGAUGAUGGUGAGAAUGAUGAUGAAGAUGAUAAUGGAGAUGAUAAACUUUGUUGCAUGAAUGGUGAAGUUUUAUUAGCACCACUUCUUGCACCACUACCAGCAAUUUAUAAAUUGUUUAUAGAAAAAGAUCCUAUAUCUAAAUUACCUUUUGUUAAACAAGCAAUAGCAUAUAAUCAAGUAUUUGCUUUUACAUCAAUUGGUACAAACUCAUGUUUGCCAAACCAAGGAGAACCACCACAAUUUUUCCAAAUAUAUUUUCAUGAUCCUACAAAUAUUAAAGCACAAAUUGAUAGAAAACAUGAAAUAAUAGAAGAAAAAUUAAAUAAAGACAUGUUAAAAGAAAUUCAAGAGGAAUUAAUGGAAUUUAAUCCUUUUGCUAAUACUUAUAUACAAGCAGGAAAUGUACAAGCAAGUCUUAUUUAUAUUUUAAUACAUAAUAUGCAUGGCAGGGAUAUAAGACAAUAUAAUUUACCAACAACUAAUGAAGUAGUAGCAAUUUGUUUUACUGAUACAGAAAUGCGAGAAAGAGAUAUUCGUAUUUAUAGAUAUGAUGAAAAAUUUCAAAAAAUCUUUGAAUUAAAUGGUGUAUAUGAUCCUUUACAAUAUCUUUUGCUAUUUCCAAGUGGAGAAUAUGGUUGGCAUUCAGGAAUAUUAAGAAGAAAUAAAAUACAAAUUAUUGAUGAAAAAAUAACAGCAGCAGACAAAGAAUGUUUAGAAAAGGAAAGCCAAAAAAAGCUUUCUAAAAAUAUUCCUAAAGACUCUGAAAUUUCUAAAAUUGAAGCUGAAGGAAUUUUUUAG